AGUUGUCACUGCAACUGAGAAGAUCACCAGAGAAGAUUUCUCUCUUUGAUUUUGAGCAUUUAGAUUAAUUUUUCUUUGUUUUCAAGAGUGAAUUAUUGUCUUCAUUAUCAUAUCACUAUUUUAUUUAACUGUAUCGAUCUAACUGAUGGAAAGGGCAUCCUCCUAGGGGCAACCUGCGGCACCAUGCCUUUCCUAAUGAAUCUGCUAACUACCCAAAGAUAACCAACAAUUUAUCCCAGUUAAGAGGACAACAACCAGGUAGCCUCCCCUACUGAUGGCCUUCUUCCGGCAGCUGCAACUUCUUCUCUGGAAGAAUGGACUGGGAAUCAUCCGACAGCCAUUUUGGUCAGUGACUCUGAUCAUAUGGCCUUUGAUCAUCUUCAUCCUCAUCGCUGUGACCCGCCAUCAGUUCCCACCCGUUGUAAAAGAUGCAUGUUAUGUUGGACCCCGUAACCUACCAAGCACAGGCCUCUUGCCUUUUCUGCAGACCCUCAUGUGCAACACUGACAGCAGUUGCCAUAACACAUCUCUCUUUGUGGACCCAGCUACAUCAAAAUCCUCGAGAACAAAAAGAUCCACUUAUUUUCCAAAGACUUCCCCACUGGCAACUCUGAUUCAAGGGGGAGAAUAUUUCAACUUUGGUUUCCCCAAUGACUCAAGCAACGAUCCUGCACAACUGGUUCGACUCAUGGAAAAUAUUUUUGGUUCAUCUCACCAAGGAAACCAGAACGCAAUCUCUCUUAUGAAUGUUAUCAACACCACUUUGGAUGAUCAGGAAAACGUGAACAAAAUGCUGGAGUCAGUUAACAUUUUGAAGAGGGCCAUCUGCACUGUGACUCUGCCCGCGAUCAACGGAACAUCCCCCGACACCCUCACGUAUGCAGUGAUCACUUUCUGCAACACCAAUAACACUGUGUUUGAAGUCACACUUCAAACUCUGAACAAGAUUUUGACAGAGAUGAUGCUGACAAAACCAGAUGAAAUGCUGUCAGUGGCUGGAAUGACGGUGCUGUUAUUUGAUCAAUUACAAAAUGAGACUUCACUGUGGGAAAGCCUUCUAGCUUUUCCCGAGCUCCUCUCUUCUCGCUCCAUUGACCAAACGCUGAGCGGGACCAAAGACUUACUCACAAACAUACAGGGUGCCUUGCAUGUCAUCCAGAGAAAUUUCCCUGCAACUGUUGACUCGCUUGGCACGGUUCAUCCGCUUCUUGCUGGAGCCAUCAACUUGAUUCACUACAUUCAAAACUGGCCUGGAAAAAAUGUUUACAUUUCCCUUGGAGAGGUUGUUAUGUUGCACAAUGACACACUGAGUGAUAUCAUGAAACAAGUUCUACAAGAUGUCGAGAUACCACUGGACCAGGCCAUUGGUCUGACAUUGGACAAAGAGAUGGUCCAGUUCUAUUUAUGUGGCAACAGCAGUAACCCGAUAUGGUUAACAGCAGCGUGCAGUAUGGGUACUGUAGACCUCCUCCUGAGUUGGAUCAGCCCAGACAAGGUGGCAAAACAGGCUCUCCUGGCAUGGAGUGAGCAUGUGGCAGCACAUGAUGUGUCCUUUGUCAAAGGAUUGCUGCACAGUCUGAUGGGAGGUUCAUACUCAGGAGAACAUGGAGCCUCCAACGUCACAAGAUCUCGGCGUAGCAUAGAUACACAACCACAAAACAUUGAGGAGGAGCUGUUUUUGGGGGUCGGUCACACAGUGUUGGAGCUUGUGAGCAUUGAGCCUACGUUGGAUAUGGUUGUCCAGAGAGUCCUCAGAACUGCCUUCCAGUCCAUGAAAGCAGCAACAACUACUUUGGGCACUGUUGACGAAAUAAUGAGCAAUGUUCUGAGUGAUGCUGGUGAUCUCCAGUUGACUUAUCGCAUGCUGAUGACCAACCAGUCUGAGGCACAAGUUUGGAUCAGCAGGGUCUUGGAGAGUGUGAUGGAAAUGAUCAUGAAGACUCUGGAAUCAGAGCCCCUCACAUGUGAAGAACUUCUGGAGCCCUUUGAGUGGCUUUUAUCCACCAAGGCCAUUAAGAUUGAGGUGUGGAGAUCAAUGAUCUGCCAAAACAACUCUGCUCUACAGCAAGCUUUGACGAUGGACUGGAUGCAUGUGGUUCAAGAGGUCCAAGAACUGUAUAACAUCGUAAUGGGUGAAGCAGACAUCAAUGUAACACUUCCCAUGAUUCUGUCUGAGUGGCACCAGUUGUAUAGUAAAAGUCUGCAGUUUGGAGGUUUUGUGGACAAUCUGGUCACAGUUCUGGGUGGAGAAUACUGGAUGAACUGGAUGCCUGACAACAGCACCCAUAACGUUACUGGAAUUCUUCAACAAAGUGUUUUCAUGUCCCUGGCAAAGCUUGGAGAGGAGCUUGAGAUGAGCGAGCAGUGGCCUGAGGUGAAGAGCUACUUCCACAUGAUUUACUGGAUUGUGAACUACAGGCCUGGUGGCGCAUCUCAGCCAGCAAACUGUUCUGUUGACAGUCACUCCUUAGCUCUUCAUUGUGAAACAGGCUUGAAGUGGCCACAGUUGGUUGAAGCGAUGGCACAUGCUCUGAUGUCACCAAGUGAAGAUGUCCUGGUAAAUUAUCUCAAAGGAGCUGUGAAUCUGUUGCAGCAUGUGUAUGGGGACAUGUAUACACAUCUGGCAGCCUCAUAUUUACAACAAGAAAUCAAAGGUGGAGAUGCCCUCUCUGCCUACCUGACAAACCUGAUGCUUAACCUGGAUGACUUUGUCAAGACAAUCUCUGUUCUCCCCAAUCAAAACAACUCAGACUCUGCUGUCAUGGCUCCACUCAUUGAUAACCUGCUAAAGUCCACAGGUCUGUCACCACUCCUGCCUCUGCUCUUCAGUGAAGGUCCCAUCAGCACCUCCAUGGUGCUCGAUGUAGCUUCAAAGGUUGGCAGGCUCAACCAGCACAUCUUCACCUUCAAUGAGACAGACCCAACAAUGCCUGAAUUGGAACAGCUGAUAAUGCAGUUCCUCUCCUUGGAGGGUAACCUCACCCUGUCCAUCCCCCACAUAAUGGGAUACAAUCUGCUAACCUAUUCCAGCUCCUUCCAACCUGACGAUGUUGCUCGUCUCAAAGAAGCCAUUCAGCCUUUCACCAACCAGACCUCAGCCGGCCUUGCAGAUACCAUCCUCAGUGCCAUGGAGCUUCUGAAGACAGUGAUGAAUUCCCCAGAUGGAGACCCAACUAACAUCAUUCUUGGGUACAUACACCAGCUUCAAGAGUUUAUGAUUUCCCUUUACAGACUGCAAAAGAUUGGACAUCUCCAUUUACCAAAUGGACAGCUGAAUGCAGCUCAAAUCACUGACCUCCAAAUGAUCUCCACUGACUUUUUUAACCUCUUCACUACAGAAGGUCUUCAAAACCUCACUCAGGCUGGACCAGAUGUUGCUCAGGAAAUUGUUUUCCAGAAGUUUGUAGCAUUCCUACCAGCUGCUCUCCAAGAGAAUGCUUCUGCUUUUUUCCAGGAAUUCAAAGUGCUGCAGUAUCAGAUAUCCAGAUGUGCAGAAGGUCAAAACUGUUUAGCUGGAGUCUCUGAAAUCUUCAUGUUCCUGGAUGAGAUAUCAGACAUGAUGCUCUCAGCCAGUGGAAAUGUCACUAUUAAAAUAUCUCCAACCAGUUUUGCUCCUUGGGAACAGGAACAUGAAGAAAUUGCAUCCAUGUUCUUCUCACUCCUCCUGCCACCAAAUGAUGCUACCAAUGUGAAGACAUUCAAGCAGGCCCUUCAUUUCAUCAAACUGGUCAUGUCUACACCAAGUAUCACUGUAUCCAGUGUCCAGAGUGCUCUGAUACAGUCAAACCUCACCAUUCAGGAACUGAAUGGCCUUGCUGCACUAGCCGGAACUGCCAACAUUAAUGAGCUGAUUGUAAAUGUGAUGAAGAUUGUCAAUGUUCAGCAGUGUUUUGAACCUCAGAAUGACCUGAAUAUGACAACCCAUUGUGUUAUGGGAUUGGUCAACGGAUUCAGCGGCUUUCUGGCACACAUACCUGCUGUCCAUGAAGAGACAACCAUCCUCUCUCUUAUCCCACUAAUUGUCAACAAAACGAUCAGCGACAUUGUCCAAGUUAACUUCAGUUCUGACCUGAACAUGGCUGCUGUGCAGACUUUGAACGCUACCCUGGACAAUAUCAAGAUGAGCCUCCAGCUGAGCCAGCUAAACACUCCGGAGAUCAUGAAUGAAAUCAAGGUGUUGGAAGGUCUAAUACAUCUGGUUGCCAACAUGGAGCCAAUUAACAGCCUUAAUACCACAGCUAUGAAGGACCCCAUGCAUGCUCAGAAAGUGUAUCUGGAGCUUGUGGAGUGGUACUUGAAAAGACUGGAAAACAUCACCAGAAACAGUUCAGCAUCAGAGCUCCUUCAACCCUUUUUCCACAUCAUACAUAUGCAAGUGACAUCACAGCUGGCACAGACAGAUUUCUCUCUGUUUGUUAGUAACAAGGUUGAGUUCCUGCUGAACAACCUCCAGUACCCAAUAGAUGGUGCUGGGAUGACUAAAAUUGGCCUGGCAACCACUGAGAUCACUGAACAUCUGUUGGACUACUUGAAGUUUGUGCUAGAGUUACAGAGUAAUGAUGAAGAUGACCAGCUGUUCAACUCAACACUUCUGCACUACACUGAGUUCCAAAUCGAACUCUACCUCAAUCUCAUAGAGACCUGGAUGAAACAGCCCAACAUCCCAAUGCUCUUUACUAGUUUGCUCCAAUGGGGUAACUCCUCCAUGACUGCAUCCGCCCCUGUGACAGACCUUCAUCAUUUACUGGAAACAAUGGUUCCUUUCCUCAGUUCUGAUCAGCUGGCCUAUCUCUCCAUGAUAAGCAACAUCUCCCAGUCUUUGAGCAAAGUCCUAAUGGUGGCAGAGCAAAAUGGUGGCCUACAGAGCGAACACUUCAUAGAUGCCAUCUCAGAAGCAGUGCAAAGUGCAAUGCAGAUCCUGAACACAGUCACGGAUCCCCUCUCGCCUCCCCUACAGGAGGAUAUCCUGGAAAUGUUACGAGAUUCACUGAAUCUCAUUGCCAAUCCAAACAUGAGUUUUGCCUCAUUACGUAACAUUUCUCUACACAUCCUAAAGAGAGCUGAGAGAGUAAUGCCAGAAAUGUGCCAAGAAUACCUGCUCGCUGUUAUCAAAGUAGUUACUACAUAUUUUGAGAACACGGUUAACGGCGGUGGACCAGACAAGUGGAAUCAAAUAAUUUUCGAUGAGAUGAAAACUGUCCAGAGCCUCCUGCCACCAAACAGCACAGCCCAUGCCUACAUCUCUGUCGUCAUUGACAUCACUCACUUCAUCUUGGAGUCAGGACAAGGGAACACCAGCCUUUGGGCAACUUUUGCUGGAGCAUCACUUGAAACUUUGCCAGAAGUAAUUGGCAAGAUUGGCAAACUCACGAGCAUGUUUUGGCAACUUGCUACGGGAGGCACAGGCUCAAAUGUUCCUUCUCUGGAGGUUUUGAGUGACCUUGUUCCAGUUGUGGAGCAGAUGAUGACUGGGAAGGCAGACCAAGACACAUGGGACAAACUUGAACAGAUGUUGGAAGCCCUGUUGUCAGGCCUUGAAGAGACAGAGCUAUGGAACAGCACCAUGUCUCUUAUGCCUCUGUUUGAAAACGUGAUUGGAAGUUUGGUGAAGAACAUGCAAGCAGAGAAUGGGAACACCAGCCUUUGGGCAACUUUUGCUGGAGCAUCACUUGAAACUUUGCCAGAAGUAAUUGGUCAGAUUGGCAAACUCACGAGCAUGCUUUGGCAACUUGCUACGGGAGGCACAGGCUCAAAUGUUCCUUCUCUGGAGGUUUUGAGUGACCUUGUUCCAGUUGUGGAGCAGAUGAUGACUGGGAAGGCAGACCAAGACACAUGGGACAAACUUGAAGAGAUGUUGGAAGCCCUGUUGUCAGCCCUUGAAGAGACAGAGCUAUGGAACAGCACCAUAUCUGUUAUGCCUCUAUUUGAAAACGUGAUUGGAAGUUUGGUGAAGAACAUGCAAGCAGAGAAUGUGAUGAUAAUGAGCCUUCAGAUGCCCAUGGUGACCCUGAUGAGGGACAUUGCGCUGUCUGUCAACACCAGUCAUUUCAACUUGUCUGAGCUCUCAGAGGAAAUGCAGCAUGCUAUUGAACACACAGUUAAAGCAGCUCAGGAGGCAAAUGGUACAUUGAACUGCAGUGAGGCACUGAAAGCAUGGGAGCCAGUUAGACAGGCAGCAGGGUUAAACCACACAACAUUGUCUGUGUGGUGCGACAUCAGCCUGCAGCCUGUUCUUGAGGCCUUCGCUGAAGCCCAGACUGUCUACUCCCAGCUGAGCAUGAGUCACAUGGGUGUGGGACCUAUGAGUGCGAGUGCUGCAGCUGACAGGAUUGUCAGAACAGUACAGUCUCUCUACCAAGUCAACAUCAACUGCACACUUGUGAUACAGCAGCUCAUCGUCACUUUCUCCAGUCAGCUGUCUGAUCUGGCAGACCAGUCUUUAAGCCCUGAGGUAGAGACUUACUGGUACAAGCAGCUGCAGGACAUGCAGUUGCAAAACAGACUUGGACAGAUGUUGGGAGCCCUGUUGUCAGCCCUUGAAGAGACAGAGCUAUGGAACAGCACCAUAUCUGUUAUGCCUCUAUUUGAAAAUGUAAUGGGAACUGUGGUGAAGAACAUGCAAGCAGAGAAUGGGAACACCAGCCUUUGGGCAACUUUUGCUGGAGCAUCGCUUAAAACUUUGCCAGAAGUAAUUGGUCAGAUUGGCAAACUCACGAGCAUGCUUUGGCAACUUGCUACGGGAGGCACAGGCUCAGGUGUUCCUUCUCUGGAGGUUUUGAGUGACCUUAUUCCAGUUGUGGAGCAGAUGAUGACUGGGAAGGCAGAGCAAGACACAUGGGACAAACUUGAAGAGAUGUUGGAAGCCCUGUUGUCAGCCCUUGAAGAGACAGAGCUAUGGAACAGCACCAUAUCUGUUAUGCCUCUGUUUGAAAACGUGAUUGGAAGAUUGGUGAAGAACAUGCAAGCAGAGAAUGUGAUGAUAAUGAGCCUUCAGAUGCCCAUGGUGACCCUGAUGAGGGACAUUGCGCUGUCUGUCAACACCAGUCAUUUCAACUUGUCUGAGCUCUCAGAGGAAAUGCAGCAUGCUAUUGAACACACAGUUAAAGCAGCUCAGGAGGCAAAUGGUACAUUGAACUGCAGUGAGGCACUGAAAGCAUGGGAGCCAGUUAGACAGGCAGCAGUGUUAAACCACACGACAUUGUCUGUGUGGUGCGACAUCAGCCUGCAGCCUGUUCUUGAGGCCUUUGCUGAAGCCCAGACUGUCUACUCCCAGCUGAGCAUGAGUCACAUGGGUGUGGGACCUAUGAGUGCGAGUGCUGCAGCUGACAGGAUUGUCAGAACAGUACAGUCUCUCUACCAAGUCAACAUCAACUGCACACUUGUGAUACAGCAGCUCAUCGUCACUUUCUCCAGUCAGCUGUCUGAUCUGGCAGACCAGUCUUUAAGCCCUGAGGCAGAGACUUACUGGUACAAGCAGCUGCAGGACAUGCAGUUGCAAAACAGUUUGUCUUCCAUUAAGCAGCUCUCAGAUGAGCUGCUUGGAGUGGCUCCAUUCCUGCAGCCUUACAUCGAAGCAGCAGUAAAAGCAGUGAGCCUCAUCCUGGACAACUACCACCUCGUUCAAAACAGCAGCUCAUCCCAAAAUCUCUUUAGAGAAGCAGCAAUGAUUUUCCUAACUUCUGCAAACAUCACCUCAGAUGACAUUUCCUACAUGAUUGGGGAAAAUGGGGCUGGACUUAAUGGGACUGUUUUUGCUGACAUGAUGAGGGAAGUGGUCAAACUGAUGAAUAACAUGAAGUUAUUCAGGGAUCUGCCUAUGGUUUAUCAAGCCUUGGAGCAGUUUCUGGCAUUCAACGACACAAACGUGAUGUUGGAGAAUUUGGUUGAGAUGUCUGUUUGGCUGACCUCAACUCAAGCGUCUGGAUUGGACCUGCUGAGUCAAACUCUACCCAGAAUGUAUGACAUCACCAGGUCUCUGUUGUCUGUCCUAACAAAAAUGAAUUUGAUCAUGCCAGCGGGUGCAGAACUGUAUGAAGAUAUUGCUGGAAACAUCAUUGUAAUGUUUAGACAGUUGGUAAGCACUGGUGAUCUUUUCCCCCUCAUGCCCCCACAACUUGGUAUGCCACAAUCAGAAAUGACUGGUGGUCACUACACGGGGAUGACCAGGCGAAGACGUGAUCUUUCGUUGAUGAUGACAAGAGACCCCAUGGAUGAUUUUAUAGACUUAUUCUACAUCGACUACCCAACCAUGUUCAGAGCCAUUUCCGUACCUCCAACCACGACAGAAAUGAUGGAAACGGCCCACGUGCUCUUUGCCAAUCCAGAUCUGAAUGUUGUGCUUAAGGGAGCUACAAGUGACAUGCCAUGGGGCUUGAAUGCCUCUCGGGAGACGACCAUUGAUGUUGCCCUCGGGAUGUUCUCCUUCUUCACCCAACCUGACUUGCUUCAGAUGCCACCAAUGGUUCUCCUGAUGAAUGCUGCCGAUAUGCUUCCUGAUGGCUUUCCAUUCUCCUCUGAGAUUAAAAAUAUCACCAGAGCGCUAGCCAGCGAAUCUCAAGAGAACCUGAUGCUUAUGCAGCAGACCAGUCGAGUGAUUGCUGAGCUUCUUCAGAUCAGCCCAACAGACCCACAGUUCCUAGAGCUGCUACGUCACCUGAGAUCCCAGGUGUGCACCUUGGAGAACACAGAGCCUGUACAGGUGGUGUCAGGAAUCCUUUCCAUUGAACCUGGGCAGCUCUGUCACACGUUUCUGCCCAGCCUGCAAAUCUUGGUAGAGGGUCUGCUUCUGAACACAACUUCUAUGUCUGACAUCAUUUUCCAGGCUGUGAUUGGAGACCCCAAGAGCUACAAUGUCCAGAUAAACUGGACUUCUGUUUUAAGUCAAAGUUUGGACUUUAACACCAGCAGCCUGAGCUCUCUUGACCUCAACUUCACCUCUCCAGGAGUGGUGACAGUUGGGGAUAUGCUGAGGAACAAAACAGCCUUUGUUCUGGCUGUUCAGCAACAUAUGGCUUUCAAUCCUACAGCUCUUCAUCUACUGAUGGAAACCGCCCUCCCAAACAACAAUUUAGAGAUCCUGUCCUGGUUGGUAAACCUGAAUCACUGCAACUCCACAGCAUACAGUGAGAUGAAUGAGACAGAUGUGAUCAUCCUGAAGACCUUCUGCAACAUGUCUGCUGAAGAGUGGUACUUGUUUUCACUGCUGAUGGCCGAGCAUGUGAACACGGAGAAAGCCCUCUACAGGAUGAUGUUGUCUGAGGAAAUGCUGAACCUGGUGGGUAUCUUGCUGCAGAUGGCAAAGAGUCUAACAGACGUGAUGAACAAGAUCCUUCCUGCUGUCAGUCAACUACAGAACUACCUGCUCUCAGUCCGAGACCUCAACCUGGGAGCCAACAACGAAUUUCAACAAAUGACAAGAGGGCAGAGAGUCAGCAUCUCUAGCCGAUCGACAUUUGUGACCCUCUCCCGUGCUUUGUGCAGCAACGGGAUCCUAGCUCUGUUUGGAAUCUCCAAACUUCCUGAAAUCAGCAGUACAAGUCCUUCAUCCCCCGACAACCAGCAGCGGGAGGAGAUGAUUGAGAGGUUCAAGAUUCCACGAAAUGCCACUCCCUUCUGCAUGAACAUGUACCUGGACAUGGUAAAUACCACCGGAGGAGCGAUUGCCUGGGCCUUCCUCAAACCAAUGCUGAUGGGACACAUCCUCUACACACCUGACACACCCAUAACCAGAGCCAUAAUGGAGAAGGCAAAUGCCACCUUGCAGGAGUUUGCAAAUCUGAGGAAAAAUUCUGAGGACUGGAUCGAAUCCUCCAACUACAUCAUAAAGUCUGCUGAGAUACUCAGCACUACUUUACCAAUGCUGCAGAAUUCCCUCGGCAAUUCCUUUGUGAAGAAUUUCAUCGAGAUGCAGACAGACAUCAAUGUCGACAGAAUGAAGGAGACGCUCAGCAGCUUCUCUAACAUGACGGUGAUGCUCAGUAAGAACAAAAACAUCCUUGAUCAGAUCACCACCUUGUCCACCCUGAUGAUGAGACUUUCUUCCUGCGUCAAAUUCGACCGUUACCAUGGCUACGACUCAGUUGAGGAGCUCAACACUGUGGCUCAGAAUCUUGCCAAAAACCGUGAUCUCUAUGCAAGUGUGAUCUUCAAGCUUCCCAAAGAUUCAUCCAAGAAGCGGGAGGCUAGAUCCUCCUCAUCCUCCUCUUCCGCUGCUUCCUCCCUGCCUCCUGAAGUCAGCUACACCAUCCGCAUGCAUAUGGACAAUGUCAUGCGUACUGACAGAGUGCGAAACCCAUACUUUGUGAAGGACAGACACAUCUCGGCCAGUCAAACGAUGCGCUACAACCGGGGAUUCAUCUACCUUCAGGAAAGCAUUGAUCGAGCUAUCAUCGAAACCCAGAUUGGGCAGAGAGUCACAGACCUGGCCGUACAGCUGCAGCCCUUCCCCUACCCGUGUCAUCUUCGAGACGAGUACCUGGAGGCCAUCUCUUUUGUCUUCCCUCUCAUGCUGAUGAUAGCCUGGGUGUUGUUUGUGGCUGAAUUUGUGAAAAAGCUGGUGCAUGAGAGAGAGCUGAGGCUGCACGAGUACAUGAAAAUGAUGGGAGUCAACCCACUGAGCCAUUUCUUCGCCUGGUUCCUGGAGUGCGCCACCUACCUGGUGAUGACCAUCUUUAUCCUCACGCUGGUACUAAAGUACGGCAAGAUCCUGCCCAACAGUGAUGGGUUCCUCAUCUUCCUCUACCUCUGCGACUACGGUUUAAGCAUCUUGGCCUUCAGUUAUCUGGUCAGCUCCUUCUUUGAUAAGACCUUCAUUGCCGGCCUGAGUGGAAGCCUCCUCUACAUCCUCUGCUUCUUCCCCUACAUCGUAGUCAUGGCUCUGGAAACAAAUCUAACCUUCUCCCAGAAGAGCAUCCUGAGUUUGUUCUCUCCAACCUGUUUCAGCUACGCCGGUCAAUAUGCGUCUCGCUACGAGUCCCAAGGAGAAGGAAUUCAGUGGAGCAACUCCUACGCCUCACCCAUUGCUGGAGACACAGCCUCGUUUGGUUGGCUGUGCUGGCUCAUGCUGAUCGACUCUAUCCUGUACUUCAUUAUCGGGAUUUACAUCCGCAUGGUCUUCCCAGGAAAAUAUGGCAUCCCUGCCCCAUGGUACUUUCCCUUCAAGCGCUCCUUCUGGGCUGAGCUGUGCUGUUGCAUUCAGUCAAAGAGCAGUGUGGGCAAAGGACUCCUCUUUGCCAACAUCAUGCAGAAAAACCAGCCUGUCUUCUCUGAUGACAAAGGAAAAGGCCAAAGCACUCUGUCCUAUCAGGCUGGAGAGGAUCGCUCAGAGCUCCCAGUGGGUGUUGCCCUCCAUGGUCUCACGAAGAUGUAUGGUGACCAAGCAGCCAUUCAGAACCUAAAUGUUUCCUUUCAUGAGGGCCACGUCACCUCCCUGCUUGGUCACAAUGGAGCUGGCAAAACCACAACCAUGUCUCUCCUGACUGGCCUUUUUGCCCCAACAUCGGGCACCAUACAGGUGUAUGGCAAAGACAUGGAGACAAACAUUGAUGAAGUCCGCAGAGAGCUGGGGGUAUGCAUGCAGUACGACGUCCUCUUUGACCACAUGACUGCCAAGGAGCACCUGCUGCUGUACGGCCAGAUCAAGGCUCCACAGUGGUCUAGUAGACAACUACAUGAGCAAGUCCACAUGAUCCUGGAGGAAACGGGCAUGUAUGCUCACAGACACAAGCGAGUAGGGACCCUGUCAGGGGGGAUGAAACGCAAGCUGUCAAUCGCCAUCGCCUUCAUAGGGGGCUCUCGCUUGGUGGUUCUGGAUGAACCCACCACAGGAGUCGAUCCCUGCUCCAGGCGCAGCAUCUGGGACAUUGUGAUCCAGUAUAAGAAACACCGCACCAUCAUCAUGUCCACCCACCACCUGGAUGAGGCUGAAGUUCUGAGUGACCGCAUUGCUUUCCUGGAGAGAGGAGGAUUGAAAUGCUACGGAUCUCCUUUCUACCUGAAAGACAUGCUGGGUCAAGGCUACAAACUUACCCUCACCAAGAAGACUCAAAAGAGAGACUCUGAGCGUAUUGACAGUGUUGAACUUAAGGCCUUUAUCCAAGCUCAUGUACCCGAAGCUCGAAUGAAGGAGACCCAGGGGGGUGAUGUAGUCUACUCACUGCCCCCUUUCACCUCAUCAAACGCCUCUUCCUAUCGCUCCCUCCUGACCUCGCUGGAUGCCAACCUGGAUGACCUACAGCUGAGGGGCUAUGGCAUCUCUGACACCACUCUGGAAGAAGUGUUCCUCCAGCUGACUCAUGGAAACACAGCUGAGGAUACCCCGCUGUCUAUCUCAGAGACAGUUUCUGACACCGCAUCCAUCGACAGCUUCCCUUCAGACAUCAGUGAAAACAGCUUCAGUGACAAUAUCAAGCUUUCCAGUUCUUCCACGAUGAGUGGCAUGGCCCUGGCCUGGCAGCAGAUAAUAGCCAUGUUAAUCAAGAGGUUCCACCACAGCCGCAGGGACUGGAAGGGCCUGAUCUCUCAGAUCUUGCUGCCUGUACUGUUUGUGGUGUUUGCUAUGGGCUUGGGCUCCAUCAGGAAAGACUUGCAGCACUAUCCCGAGCUGGAGCUUAGCCCUGCCCUCUACAAAAUCGGACCGAGUUACUCUUUCUUCAGCAACCAAAAUCCAGAAUCCAACAAUUUGGUGGACAGCAUGAUGUCAUUCCCCGGGAUCGAUAACGCCUGCCUCAACAUGUCUGAUAACCAGGUCUGCACAAGAAGCACAAACAACUGGCGCUCCAGUGGGAAUAGCUCCCAAGCAUUUAGUGUCUGUAAAUGCACCCAACAGGAACAGAUAUGUGAAAAGGACAGCUUCCAGCCCCCCCACAAGAAGAUCCCCUCUUCUCAGGUCGUUUAUAAUCUGACCGGCAUCAAUACGGAGAACUACCUGGUGGCCACAGCUAACGACUUCAUCAGGAACAGGUACGGUGGUUUUGCUUUUGGCAUGCCGCUGCCAUCUGAUCUACAAAUGGACCUCAAGACGGUGCCCAAAAACCGUACACUGUCCAAGGUGUGGUUCAACCCUGAGGGCCAUCACACAAUGCCGUCAUACCUCAACAGCCUCAACAACUUGAUCCUGCGUUCUAAUAUUCCAGCUGACAAAAAUCCAAGUAAAUAUGCCAUUUCAGUUUCCAGUCACCCAUACUUUGGCAGGGCUGAUGAUGAAGAUGCAAUUGUCCAGGGAAUGCUCCAGAUCCUGGUGGCUAUGUGUGUGCUGACAGGUUAUUCAAUUACAACAGCAAGCUUCGCCAUCUAUGAAGUCAGUGAGCACCACAGCGGGUCUAAGGUGCUCCAGCACAUCGCUGGCAUCGGCGAGCCCUUGUACUGGGCUGUGAACUUCUUUUACGACAUGGCCAUUUACAUGAUCCCAGUGACUCUGACCAUUGGAGUAGUUGCAGCCUUCCAGAUUCCAGCAUUUAACGAUCGGCAAAAUUUGGCUGCCGUCACUCUCCUUCUCGUCCUCUUUGGGUUUGCUACCUUCCCAUGGAUGUAUCUGUUAUCAGGUGUUUUCAAACACCCUGAGAUGGCCUUCAUCACCUAUGUGUGCAUCAACCUCUUCAUCAGCAUCAACACCAUCAUAUCCACCUCAGUUCUCUACUUUCUGGGUCAAAUAUCAAAACACAACCUAGAGGUCACACAUGAAAUCUUCAACAGGCUGAGCCACGCCUUCCUCAUCUUCCCCCAGUUCAGCUUUGGGAAUGGGCUGAUGCAGCUGGCCAGAACAAACAUGGAGGUCCAGAUUCUCAGUGGCUAUGGAAUUGAUGCCUACAAGAACCCGUUCUCCACAGAGAGCUUGGGUUGGAUGUUCCUCUCCUCCCUCAUCCAGGGUCUGGUCUUCUUUACCCUGCGUCUCCUGCUUAACAAAACUCUCAUGCGCAAAGUCAGGCAUCUGAUUAUGGGCAGAAAGACAGUGCCCCCCAUUGCUCUUGAGGACGAGGAUGAGGAUGUGGCAGCAGAGCAUUUGCGAGUGUCCAGUGGAGCAGCCAGCUCAGAUUUACUUCAGGUUAACCAGCUCACCAAAGUCUACCAACAGUUUAAGAAGAAGGUCCAUGCUGUCAAGAGACUGUCUGUGGGCAUCCCUGCUGGAGAGUGCUUUGGCCUGCUGGGAGUGAAUGGGGCAGGAAAAACUACCACCUUCAAGAUGUUGACCGGAGAUGUUAGCCCCACCGACGGCUCAGCACAGAUCAAGAACUGGGAUGGGCGGCUGGUAGACAUCAUGGAGUGCAGGAACAAGGGAAUCAACAUUGGCUACUGUCCCCAGGUCGACGCUCUCGAUGAUCUGCUCACUGGAGAAGAGCAUUUGUACUUUUAUGCUCGCAUCCGUGGCAUCUCAAAGCGAGAAAUACAUGGGGUGGUGAACUAUCUACUGAGGAGGCUGGAGCUGAAUUACUACAGAAACAACACUACUGAUGGCUACAGUUGUGGAACCCGCAGGAAGUUGUCUACUGCGCUUGCUCUCAUUGGUCAUCCACAAAUCCUGCUCCUGGAUGAGCCGAGCUCUGGCAUGGACCCUCGCACCAAACGUCACCUAUGGAAAAUCAUCUCUGAGGAAGUGAGAGGAAAAUGUGCAGUGGUCCUCACUUCUCACAGCAUGGAGGAGUGUGAGGCGCUGUGUAGCCGUCUUGCCAUCAUGGUGAAAGGUCAGUUCCAAUGCCUGGGCUCCCUGCAGCACAUUAAGAACAGGUUCGGCAGUGGAUUCAUUGUGAAGAUAUACUUAGCUGAAGCCUCUUGUGAAGCAGAGGCAAUCACGAGCUUCAUGCAGCGCAGAUUCCCCAGCACUUAUCUCAAGGACCAGCACUCUACCAUGGUGGAGUACCAUGUACCAGUUGCUCCUGGCGGGGUUGCUGACAUCUUUGACCAGCUGGAGUCUAACAAGAAUGCUCUGCACAUCAAACACUUCUCCGUGAGCCAGACCACACUGGAUGAGGUCUUCAUCAAUUUUGCCAUGGGAAAGAUUGGCAUGGAAACCAUACCGAUUCACAGUGAAGACGACUCUGACAACCUGGACUCCAUUAAGGCAGUACCAACAUAGAGCUCACUGUCACCUCUUCCUUUCUGUUUUGUUCUCUGUGAGAUGAAACACUGUCCACUCAUAUUACACCUGCCCCUAUUAUAUAUAAUAUGUGUAUGAAUGUGUGAAAUAAGACUUUAAACUAUUCAUGUCUCAAAAACGCUGAUUAUGUCUUGAAAGUCCUUUGACUGACCACAUGAAGGGGAAAUUACAUUUUUACUUUUACUAAAUGGAAUCACUAAGAAACAGAGGAGCACAUGCACUUUUGCAUAUAUGCACAGAUUAAGUUGAUAAAUAAGUUUUUUGUUUAUUUACUAUUUUCCUUUUGUGCCAGUAACAUGACUUCACUUGUAUGUUUACCUUUGAUUCUCCAGAUUUAUUAUUGGUACAACCUUGGUUUUUCUCUCUGUGGUUGGGGUACUGUUCACUGCUAGAAUAUCAAAUUAAAGAAGCAUAUUACUCAAAAUUAUCUUCAGCGCAACUUAAUGGGGGCAUGUCAUCGUUGUAUAUCAUUUGAAAUCCCUUUCUCAUAAAUAUAUGAAAAAAUAAUAUGGUACAUUUUUAAAACCUGAAGUACAUUUAAUUGAAUCCGCUAAAUGAAUCUUGACAAAAGGACAUAUUGACACUCAAAACUCAAUAAACACUGUUCCUCUAUUUGUUAAUGCUUCCUGUUAAUGUAAAUGCAUGUCUAACCACUGGAAUAACGAUAUUGGGAAUUUAAUAGACUUUCCUGCUUAUGAUGCAGAUCCAGGAGGUCUUAAAUUUAUCAAGCCUAUUUUUAUAAUCCCAAUAAAAUAUUUUUCAAGU